GCGGGGCUAGUAAACUCCACCCAGCAGAUGGGGUCUCGGGCAGGCAGAGCGAAGGACAGCUUGUGCUGUCAGCGCUCGGGCUGGUUGGUCGGGACGCCUGACAAGGCCCGCAGAAAACUUUCGUGGGUCAAAGUCCAGCGUGAGGGAAACCGGGUGGAAGUUAAUGUGUGAGGGCGCGCUGGGAAUAAAAUCACAUGUCAUUGGAAAGAAAUGCUCAAAAGAUGGCGGUGGUAAUAGCGACCGGGGUUUCGGGUGCCUCUGGAGUGCAAAAAAGUGGAUUUAUGGAGGUUUUGGUGCGGGAGAGGUGGCACAAAGUUUUGGUCAACUUGAACGAGGAAGCGCUCACGUUAAUCUGCGAGGAGAGCAGCGUUAAAGACGACGUGAAUGAUAAUGCCAACUCUAACAGCGUUACCAGCGGAUCUUAUCAUGACAACAAUAACACCAACGCCAGCAACGGACCCCAGACUGUGCGCACAGCGUUCACGGACCCCCCGGAGAGAGUGCCCGAGGCGAUCGCCAACAGAAAGCGGUGCGUCAAGGUGACCAAGCAGGAGAUCGGGGGGCUUGGGAUCAGUAUCAAAGGUGGCAAGGAGAAUAAAAUGCCUAUCCUCAUCAGUAAGAUAUUCAAAGGACUCGCAGCGGACCAGACCCAGGCUCUGUAUGUCGGAGACGCCAUCCUGUCCGUGAACGGUAUGAACCUGCGGGACGCGACCCACGACGAGGCUGUGCAGGCGCUGAAACGGGCUGGUAAAGAGGUGACUUUGGAAGUGAAGUACAUGCGUGAGGCCACACCAUACGUCAAAAAAGGUUCCCCCGUCUCAGAAAUCAGCUGGGAAACUCUCCCUCCUGAGUCUCCCCGCCUCAACAGCCUCACUUCCUCCUCACCUGACCCUCCGAGCCCUCCUCUCCAGCCAUAUCUGUCUCUACAGGGUGACAGGAGGUGCAUUCCACUCAAGAUGUGUUAUGUAACCCGAGCCAUGACUACACCAGACCCUGAGAACAGACAACUGGAGCUACACUCCCCUGAUGCCAGGCACACUGUUGUGCUGCGGUGCCCAGACCAGCCAUCUGCCCUGUCCUGGUUCGCUACCACGCAAUCUGUCACAUCCACAUUGGCACAGCGGGCGCUGGCAGAGGUCAUCCAGAGCACAGCCAGAACAGGGGUUGCUGGCAGCAAAGAGAUACGACACCUGGGAUGGCUGGCAGGGAAGACAGAGAGUGACAAGCAGAGCUGGAAGCCGCUGUUGAUGGUAGUGACAGAGAAAGAUCUGUUGCUGUAUGACAGUCUACCACGAAGCAAAGAGGCCUGGCAGAGCCCUGCACACACUUAUCCACUUUUAGCAACACGUCUGGUCCACUCUGGCCCUGACCGGGGGUCUCCUCACUCUGGCACAGAGCUGUUCUUUGCCACUCGGACUGGCACGCGGCUUGGCAUUGAGACUCACCUGUUCCGGACUGAGACCACUAAGGAUCUCUCCCUAUGGACUAGACAAAUAGUCAAUGGAUGUCACGCCUCAGCCGAGAUGAUCAAAGAAGUCACUACAAGUUGUCUGUAUCGGGGUCAGGAGUGCCGCCUGGUGAUUCACUAUGAACAGGGCUUCUCUGUGCUGGCUGACCCCAAACUGGCAGAGGGGGAGAAUGGGGAGGAGAGAGGAGCACAUACCCCUACCAGGCCCAGAGUGCUCCUCUCAUACCCCUAUGAAAAACUAAAGAUGUCCUCAGAUGAUGGAAUUCGCAUGCUGUUCCUUGACUUUGGAGGGAAGGAGGGGGAAGUUCAACUGGACCUCCACUCAUGCCCUAAACCAAUUGUCUUCAUCCUCCACUCCUUCCUCUCUGCUAAGAUCUCCCGCCUGGGUCUGGUGGCCUGACAGCCUCCCCAUGGAGACAUUUCUGAUGCUUUGAAAACAGAAAUUCACCUCGUUUCUCCACCAAUCUGCAGCCUGCAUGCAGUACACCACGUCUCCACAUCUCCUUCAGUCAGGGACCCAAACUGAGUGAAUGUAGCCUCUCUCUGGAAACUGGCAUUCUUUGGGUGUCCAUCUCAAAGUUAAAGAAACUCUGGAGAAAGCAGCCCAGAUUGGCUUUGUGUUGAGUGAAAGAUGCUCUUAACACAGAUGUUUUCGGGAUAAACCCUGCCUUUAAGGGCUGCAGUGUUGACUGAAGUACCGCAUUAAGGGACAGGUAUGCUUCGCGCAUAACUUCGUGUGCGCGAGAACAUGCACAUGUUACGUGCACGCGUUCAAAUUCAUACUUCAAAUUGCGGCUCUUCCUUCUGCCCGCCCACACCGAUGGUUUCCAUACGCAGUCUUUGAGGUUAUUCAUGCUUUGCGUGUCCGCUAAGGUCAAGUGUCAUAAUGUAAUGGCCUUCCAUUUAGCACCAAUAUGAUUUAUCCACCAUAAGCUCUGAAAGGACAUUCUGAAUAUUACUUAUUUUUCUUCUACAACCGCUCAACACACUGUGGAAAGACUUGAUGCAUUGUUCUUUAUUACAGUCCCUUGAGAUGUCUUUUUAGCAGUGUCAGCCUUCAUUAUUGGAACUGGGAGGCACAAUCAGCCAUAUGUUUCCCACAUUGUUAACUCAGAUUCUAAAUGUCAUAUUAUUCUUUUAACAGCUUGUAUAAGUGGUCAGGUUAGGUUUGAACAUCUGGUAGUCAGAGUAUUUCAGCCUGACUAAUUUGACAUUGUCGUCACUAAACUCAACCAUUCAGUUUUCCUUUUGACACAUCUGAAUCCUGUUACAUUUAUCAUUCAAAAACGGGAACAAGCCCCCCCCCCAAAUCCAACUUGUGAAAAACUCAAGAUUUAGGCUGCUAUGGUGAUUUUGUCCCUAACACUGGGGAACAAGAUGACAUUUGAUGGCUGUGGUUUUUGAUACAUGUCAGUUUCCACAGUAAUAGUAGUGUUACAUGCUGUAUGAAUGGAAAUUUAUCUUAAGGAUAUAAAAAUGCAUAUGACUAAUUUAGGCUACUCUUAAGAGUAGUAACAUAACAAUGAAUUAAUAAUCAAAAUAGUUUGGUAGACACAUUUUGACCAGAUAAUUUAAAGCAGUAGAGUAAUGCACUUAUUUUUUGCCAAGAGUAAAUGCAUGUUACCCAUGAUGCUACAGCCAGUAGCUGAUUAGCAUAAAAAAGAUGAUUAUCUUAUCUUAGCUUAAAGACUGGCAAAAGGGGCAAACCUGGGUCUGUCCAAAUAUAAUAAAAUCUACAUACAGUACCAGCACCUCAAAAUGGUCUUUAUUAACAAAGUUUAUCUUGUUUGUUUAAUCUGUAGCUUUAGGUGGGUUUUGUUACCUUUGGACAGAGCCAGAUUAGUUGUUUCCAGAGAAACGGCUAACCUGUAAACAGAUGAAUCUGAAACUUAACAUAAUAUGAUAUUCUGAAUCAAUCUUUCUCUCUCUCAAAGUUUAUUGUUAUGCUUGGAAACAUCAGUUUAAAAAUACUAUCUGACCACAAAAUACUAGUAGUUCUCCUAUCUUAGCAUAAAGACUGUCACUGUUAAUUAUUGAGCUUUAGAGGUGCUGAUAGGUGGCUC